GGGAGCCACCCCCAGGCUCGCCAGUCCGGGACCCGGCACUCGGUCCAAGCGCGGACUCGGCUCACGCCCAGCUCUCUGGCGCCUCAGACCCGGGUACCAGGCUAAAGAUCUUGCGGGGGACAGAGUGAGGGGCCUAGAGAGCCUCUUUGCGAUGCAGUUGGGAAGGAGCGUGCUGGGGUGUUGCUGAGCUAGCCCCAUACAUCAGAGGAGGCUUCAGGAAGGAGAGCUGAAUUGGAAAGCAUGAGAGGGCACCAUGAAGGAGUCUCACAGGCCAAGCGAAGUUUGCCUGGGAAGUUCUCGGUCCAGCAGUGGAACCUGGAAGCCCAGAUGAUCCUGUCUAAUUCCACGGUGGUGAUGCCCUAUCUGACCACGCUGUGGCGGGAGCUAGUUCAACAGGGCAUCAACGCGUCCAGCCUGGCCCGCAGGGCUCCCGCCCGCGACGACAGCCAGCUGGCCGCGCUCUACAUCCUCAUGGUGCUGGGCUUCUUCGGCUUCUUCACCCUGGGCAUCAUGCUGAGCUACAUCCGCUCCAAGAAACUGGAGCACUCACACGACCCGUUCAACGUGUACAUCGAGUCGGACUCCUGGCAGGAGAAGGACAAGGCCCUCUUCCAGGCCCGGGUUCUGGAGAGCUGCAGAGCGUGUUACGUCGUCGAGAACCAGCUGGCCGUGGAGCAGCCCAACGCACACCUGCCUGGGCUGCCGCCUUCCCCGUGAGCCCCACAGCCUAGUUAGCGCGGGACAAGCCCCCACGACAAUCUGAGUUUUCUCAUAUUCCUUUUUGUCUGGGUGCCAUUGGAUUUCUUUUGCUCUUUUAGGGGUGCAGGGUGGAUUAAUGACACUCUUUUUUCUAAAAUCGAAAUAGACCGUCAAUUAUUCCCCAGAAUCCUGGCUGCCUUGUCGAAUCCUGCAGAAUCCCUGACACAGCGGCCUUCCAGGGGUGUGGGCGGCUAGUCCCACAGGCCCAGGCUGCUGGCAAGGUCACAUGACUCCGUCUGGCCUGGAGAAGGGGAGGUGACGCGUGCAGUUUCCAGGUAAUUCUUGGAAAGGAAAGACAUGCCCUCCACUGUCCUUGUCCCCCUUCUCAGCAACUGGGACAUGGACAGGUGUUGAGCAGCUUUGUCUGGGAAGAACAGGCUACUCUCAGAGGGCGGAAGAAGGGUCUGGGGCCUGGGCCUGGCCCUGAAGCAGGAGCUCGCACCCUCCUGAGCCACCCUCUAAUCGGUGUUCAUCGAAAAGAACUUAACUCUACUCCCCCUUCAGCCAGGGCCACGUGGGUCUCUGUUGAAGCACAGAGUCAGUGUCCCCCUCAUGCCCAACCUCACAGGGCUGCCGCCAAGGGCGCCAUGUUCCUGUGUUUGUCACAGCUCAGUUUCCUUCUGUUUCUGUCACUUUUGGGCUCACGACUGUGGCUCUAUCCUCCUAUGACCCUCUCAUCUCCCACUUCUCCCCUCCACCCAUCCGCCCUCCAAGUGCCCCUCCCCAAAACACAGACACAGCACACAGUGUCACAGACGCAGACACACAUUUCCCAUGCACAUGUCUCAGUCUGGAAGGAAACCUGCUUCCUAUAGGACUGAGAGAGAGGAGAAAAAAUGCCCCCUUCAGAAUAUAUACCAAGGGGAAGGUGCUCAGUUGGAUGGAGAGGUGUCCCCCACCCCGAGGAGCCUAGGGGGGAGGAGUGGGUGUGGGCAUUGCAACACGUGGGCCGAGGUGGCAGGAUCAUUGGUGAUGAACUGACUGUUUUGUGGCCUCCCAAAAGAUAUACUGGUGUCCUACCCACCCCCUGACCUGUGAAGGUGACCUUUGGAAAGAUGAGGUCAUUGGAGUGGGUCCUAAUCCAAUAUGACUGGAGUUCUCAGAAGAGGGAAACCUGGAUAGACCCAGGGAGAAUGCCAUGGGGUGACAGAGGCAGACAUUGGAACCGUGCAGCUAAAGGCCAAGGACCACCAAGGAUGGAUGGCCUUGACAGAGCUGGGGAGGGACAAGGAAGAAUCCCCCCUACAGGUGUCACUGGACGCCUGGCCCUGCCCACACUUCAAUUUCAAUCUUCCAGAGCUUGAGGCAGACCCUGCCUGUCUGUCCAGCCCCCAGCUUGGGGCACUUGGUUAUUGCAGCCCUAGGCAACUUGGGCUGCGCCUCCCUCCCAUCCCCAGGGACAGGGCCACCCUCACACCCUUCCUUGCAGACAAGAGCUGGGGUAGGGAUGGAUGGAGGGGGUGUACCUGCUAGGCCUCCACUAGUGCCAUCUUCCUCAGAAAGUCACAGAGGAAGCAGUGUCCUGGGGGUCAGCCUUCUCCAGCUGUAGCAUGGGGUCCUCUGCCCUGUGACAUCCUGAAGUCUCCCCUGCCUCGGCUUUCCUGGAGACUAUGGAACAUUUAAGUAAAACAUAAUUUUAAAAAACCCGGAUGUAACAAACGAGAAGCAGCACAUAAGCAUGAGCGACCAUCCUCAGACAAAUGUGGCCCUGCCUAGUUCCAGUCCUUGUGGCACAUAAUCAACAGGACUCCCCUGUGAGUGCCUGGGGCAACCCCCCCCCCCCCCCCCGGGGCAGAACCCUGGCCUGGGUCAGCCUGAGUUACUACCGUCCUUGGAUGUGUGAAUCUUUGGGUCCCAGAGUCUUUCAGAAUCCUGAGUGAAGCCAGGAUCCUCCCCAACCCCAAACACGCAGGGACGCGACAUUUGGCCUGCUGUCCUCUGGGGGCUCUGGGCCACUGGAGCCCAGCUACGGCUGCUGGCAGCUCAUGGCCCCUGUGUGAGCCAGACCCUGGUUCAGAUGGAUUCGUGUUGCCCAGACAGAAGGAAUGGAGUUUGGAGAGGGUCCCAGAACACUUGUGACUGGCAGCGUGAGCCCUUGAUAGUACAGACGUACAGACGCUCCGUGUCACCAGUUCACGUCCCGACUGGGAUUCCUGGGCCUUUCAAGGCACGGGGAGACCUGGGGGCUUUAGUCCUUCCGCCCUUGAAGAUCCAGGCAUCACACCCACUCCCCUGACCACACACCCUUUAACUCCGUCUCCCUCCUCUCCCCGCUGAGCUUACACAGGGAGGGGGAAAGGUGUGUGUGGGGGGGGCAGGGGUGAAUUGAGCCACAUUUCAAAUGCUUACAUUUUAAAUUUGUAUUCACGUACAUCAAGUGCUUGCCGUGUGCCAGGUGCUGUUCUGAGUGAUUUUAACGAAAUCUCAAUGACUAUUUUGCAUGUAAUAUUUCACGGGUCCAUUGGAUAGGAUGACCGUGGUUUUGUGCUGUAUUAAUACGAUUUUGAAAAAGAAAUUAAAGUCUUUCAUCAUGA